AUGCGAAAAAAGAACUCUUUGAGUGCUGUAUCACCAAUUGAAGUAAUGAACAAUCUUAAAUCGGAUGACGAAACAUUGCAGCUCUGGGCAAUUGAUCAAUUACCUCUCCAAAGAAUGAUUGGAGGACAAAAAGAAAAUGCUGACGCUUUUGAGUAUAUUAAUGCAAUCAUUUUAUCCAAAGAUGAUAACUUUCAUCAUGCUGUACAACAAGCAAUCAUUCGCGAACUCAAGAAAAGAGCAUUAACUUCAAAUGACAGAAUUCGUGUACUACUUCCAUUUUUGAUUAAAAUGUCCAGAUCUACUGGUGUCACUAUAUGGAAUGAAUUACUACGAGAGCUAUGCAAGAAUUUUCAUGAUCCGAUUCAACAAUCUCUCGCUUUUGAUCAGGUCAGUCCGAUUUUCUUACUUGACCAUUCAACAUUUGGCAUUGCAUGCGCUAUUUACAUGACAACCGGACUUUGUGAAGCUGGGGCAAUUAUGCCUACCGAUCUUAUUAACAAUCUUGUUCAGCAACCAAUAGUUCUUCAACAAUUCCUCCAGACAUUCUUAACAUCCUUAAUAUCAACUCAAUCUGAGGCAUUCGUUGACCAGAUUCUUAAGAAGAUUAUUCAUUCUCCCAUAGCUCAUUCGGUUUUGAUUAAUGCAGCAAUAAAUCUUGAAAUCAUACCACCAAUUUUACAGCGCCAAAUCACAGAUACGCUUAAAGCUCCUUCACAUACUCAUGAUUUGGCUGCAAUAAUUGCCAAAAACUGCACAACAAUAAUUCACAAAGGAUUUGCUAAACCAAAGCUUUUGUUGCAAAUCGUUUGGAAGGCAAAAAUCUUUUCUCCAAAAUAUUAUGACAUCAUUUCAAAUUUCUAUAUGACAUUUAUUAAGGAAAUGACUCCGAAGGAUGCUGUACUAUUCUAUAAGAAGAUUGUUGACAGCAAAUCUCCAUAUUCAAUCAAAUUAUCAAAAUUAGUUAUUGAUGUCAACAAUACACAGCAAUGCUGUGAUAUCAUUGUUCCUCUCUUAUGCAAUGUAGAGUCAUUUGUCCGUUUCGAAGAAUGGUGUGAUGCUGUUGCUCAUGUAAUUAAUAAAGUUAAUUCAGAAUAUGCAACAACAUUAACAGAAUGCAUAAUUGAAAGAUGCAGAUUCGAAAUAAACGAAGGUCAUGUUGCUUCCUUCCCUCUUCUCCCUCCAAAAGAAAUUGAUGCAAUGGAAAACUUCCAGAGACCAUCAAAAGUUCCAAUUCAAAUCUGCAGUUGGAGGCAAAUUGCAGGAAUGCUAAGUUUAUUAUCAAAUUCCCCUUGCGCUCAUAUUGUUGCAAAGAAUGGAAUUGAAUUAAUUAAACUUGCAUUGAAGAAGCACACAUUCCCAUUGAUAGACUCAAUUGUUGAUAUUCUUGACUCAAUAAGAUCUCAUAACGAAGAAAUUUUGAUACUUUAUCAAGAUAUUUUCAAUGGAAACUCAUAUUCAAAGCUUUUCUUCCUGAAAUUGCUUCAGAAGUCAAUACAUCUCUUCAAAGAAGCCGAUAUCAAGAAUGUGAUCUAUCCAAUGAUUGUUCAGAUUUUUAAUUCAGAUCAGCCACCAAAUGUUAUUUGCACAGCUAUUAAAACGCUUUCUGUUUUCUUGAAGCUUGGACAAAACUCACUUUCUUUGAUACUCACCAAAGAAUUGAUCGAUUCUAUCAACGAAUUGUCAUCUUAUGAAGACAAAGGUAUCAUAGAAACACUGAAAGAAUGCAAGAAAGACAUAGAAAAGCUCGUUUCCAACUACAGACCACCAGCUCCGAAGACAAGAAAGAAGAGAUCUUCUUCCAUCAGAAGAGGUGCAGAAAACAUGGAUCCAAACUCGAUUUCUAACGGACCUUCGAAGAAACAGAGAACAUCACUUCUUAAUUCAGGAAGUAAACACAAAUUCUCAAUUGUUAGACCAGCAAGAUCAAUAUCCCUAUCAAAGAAAACAGCAAAUAUGAUUCAGGACAUGGACUUUUAA